AUGGAUCCACGAAGCAAUAAACCUUAUGAUUUUGUAGCUAAUUAUAAAAAUUUAACCGAAGAGGUGGAAAAAGUAAGACAUUUACGAAUGAAAUGGUAUCAGAAAUAUGAAUGGUUAUUGGAUGAGAAAGUAAAACUAAAAAAAGAAAUAGAGAAAUUAUGCGAAGAAAAGCAGAUAAUUAUCGCCGCAGAACCAUUCGUUUCAGAAGAAGGAAAAACAUGCCUACCAGUUCCAAUUACUACAAAUGGCGAGUAUGGUUGGCUUGUAGUGAAACCAAAAUUCCAAUUAGAAAAAUAUGGAACUUAUAUACCAGAGUAUCCUGAUCCCCUUAAGGAUAUAACCCCAUUAACCAAAAAUAUGCCUGCUCUUGGUGCGGGUAUAGGAUACUUUUGGUAA